CCUCGUAAAACUUUACCCGCAUUAGCCAGCUGGAUGGGCGGAAAGGGAGUCGGGCAAAGACAAACAUGUGUUUUGUAUGUCUUUGUGCAGAACAAGCUGAAGUCCUCACAGAAGGAUAAAGUUCGUCAGUUCAUGAUUUUCACACAAUCCAAUGAGAAGACUGCGCUGACCUGCCUGUCACAGAAUGACUGGAAACUAGAUGUUGCCACGGAUAAGUUUUUCCAAAAUCCAGAGCUCUAUGUUUCAAAUCUAAAGGGGGCCUUAGACAAGAAGAAGCUUGAUCAACUGUACACCAGAUAUAGAGAUCCUCAUGAUGAUAACAAGAUCGGCAUUGAUGGGAUCCAGCAGUUCUGUGACGACCUGGCUCUGGACCCUGCCAGUAUAAGUGUCCUCCUCAUAGCCUGGAAGUUCAGGGCAGCAACACAGUGUGAAUUUUCAAAACAGGAAUUCAUGGAUGGCAUGGCAGAACAGGGGUGUGACAGCAUAGAGAAGCUAAAAGCUCAGCUGCCAAAGAUGGAUCAAGAGUUAAAGGACCAUGGGAAAUUUAAGGACUUUUACCAGUUUACAUUUAAUUUUGCAAAGAAUCCGGGCCAGAAAGGUUUGGAUUUAGAAAUGGCAAUUGCAUAUUGGAAUUUAGUACUGGCUGGAAGAUUUAAGUUCCUGGGGUUGUGGAACACAUUUUUAGUUGAGCACCACAAAAGAUCUAUUCCUAAGGACACUUGGAACCUCUUACUUGACUUCAGCACUAUGAUCACAGAUGACAUGUCGAAUUAUGAUGAGGAAGGCGCGUGGCCUGUCCUUAUUGAUGACUUUGUGGAGUUUGCACGACCACACAUCGGGACCAAAAGCACAGCAGUUUAAGGGCUGCUCUCACAAUGGGAACACCCAUGUGAGGUUUCUAAAAACCAGAGCGUGCAGUAAACGGAGGACAAGAAGACCGCACUGAGCUGAGAACUAUGUUGCCUUUUCAACCCUCAGGACUGAAAUAUUUUACACAACAGAGACUUUAUAUAUGUGUGUGUGUAUUUAUAUAUAUAUAUAUAUAUAUAUAUAUAUAUAUAUAUAUAUAUAUAAAUAUAAAAAAGGCAUAUCUCUUUGUUGGUCAACUUGUGGUGGUUUGGAACUUUUAUCUUAAGUAUUGGGCUUUUUGUGUGCGCUCAAGCCAACUAGAGAGGAGUCACCAUCUUGGCCCAUUGAUGUGGUUGGGCUCCGCUCAAAAGCAGGUAGAUGGACACACUUUUGAAUUGUUAUCUAAACACGAGGGUUCGCGACAGGAUGUUGUUCUUUAAAUAUUGAAUUUUAAUACUCUUGUGUGCAUUCCUGUUUUUGUUUUAUGAUACAUUUGUGCGACAAGUCAGUAUAAAACAUUGAUUGUAAUUUUUUAAGCAUAAUGCUGAUAAAAUAAAUGUUUCAAUUUGGUAUCUUUUAAA